ACCCCAAAAAUGUCAAAAACCUCUCUUUUUCAUAUCAAUCAGGCAUAGCAUAUCGGCCGAAAAAGUGGUGUUGCAGAUAUUAUAAAUAUAAUCAAAGCCAAUAUAAAAGUUUCCACAUAUCAAUAUAUACUUAAACAAUAAGGACAUGUUUCUCAUUGAAUUCAUUAUUCAUGCUUUUUGGGCUCUUGCAAAUGCAAGUAAUGAAUUUUUUCUUUUGGGUUUUCUCUCUCAUGUUUUUUAAGAUUUCAAUUACAUUCUGAAAAGCUGAUCUUUUCUCCUUGUUUUUUUUUUACCGAAAAGGAGAAGUUUAAUAAACUUGGCAGUUGGCACGAUACCAAUUACCAAGAAGAAAAGUUACUUGCUGUCUUUCUCUUUUUAUCUGGAAAUUACUCGCUUUCUGCGCUAUAUAGAGUAUAGAUGGUGGAUUCUUGCUUCGCGUGCGAAGCUUUGAGCUUUCCUCCCUCGUAAGUCUGAGUAGUGACUGAGGAUUAAAGACAGCUGAUUCCUGAAGAUGAUAAUAUUGUUUAACUUUAGUCUAAGACUUAUCAGGUGUGUUUACACUGCUGUGAUUUUGUGAAGGCCAGUUUCAUAUCUACAUCACUAUAUGCACUAUGAAACUAGCUCAUGUUGUGCCAUGUUUGAUAGUUCUUUGCAUCAUAAUGUUGCUCCUAGAAGACACUUCUGAGAUAGAUAAUGUGAACCUUGGUGCUAUAUUUACUUUGGGCACCUUCAACGGCAAAAUUUCGAAGAUCGCCAUGGAAACUGCUGUGGAUGAUAUAAAUUCUGAUCCCAGCAUACUCAGUGAUCGUAACCUGACUCUCGAGAUUCAUGAUUCCGAUUAUAAUGGAUUCCUCAGCGUCAUGGGAGCAUUGCAGUUCAUGGAGACAGAUACCGUUGCUAUUAUUGGUCCUCAAACAUCCAUGAUGGCACAUGUGCUUUCUCACCUAGCAAACAAACUUCAUGUCCCUCUUUUGUCAUUCACCGCUCUUGAUCCUACGUUAUCACCUAUCCAAUAUCCCUACUUUUUCCAAACGGCCCCAAAUGAUUUGUUUCAGAUGGUUGCCAUUGCCGAAUUGGUUAGCUACUACCGAUGGACCCAAGUCAUAGCAAUCUUCACUGAUGAGGAACACAGUCGAAAUGGGAUCACUGCAUUGGGUGAAAAGCUCACAAAGAAGCGUGCCAAGAUCUCUUACAAGGCAAUUCUUCCUCCUGAUAUCAGAGGAAAGUUGAGCAUCGUAAAGCAGGAAUUAGCAAAGGUGAAAAUGAUGGAAUCUAGAGUGCUUGUAGUGCAUACUUUGCCUAUUCUUGGUCCAAUUAUUCUCAAGGCAGCUGAGGAUCUUGGCAUGAUAGGAAAUGGCUAUGUUUGGAUAACAACUGCAUGGCUUUCCUCCAUCUUAGAUUGUAAGACAGAGCCAGAGACUUACCAAAUUACUCAAGGGGUAAUGACUCUUCGUUCGCAUACUCCUGAUUCACCCAGGAAAAAGGCAUUUAUUGCGAGGUGGAACAACUUGAGCAAAGACUCAACUAGGUUGAAUGUAUAUGGGUUGUAUGCCUAUGACACUGUUUGGUUGAUUGCUCGUGCAAUUGAUGCAUUUCUACGUCAAGGCAACAAUAUUUCAUUUUCAAAUGAUCCGGUUUUGACUGCUGUUGGAGGAGGCAACAUGGACUUAAGUGCUUUAAGUAUCUUUGAUGGAGGAAAUGAAUUGCUUAAGACCAUACUGAAAACCAGUAUGACAGGUCUUACGGGCCCAAUUCGAUACAAUCCAGAUAGAGUUUUGGUUAACCCUUCUUUUGAUGUCCUUAACAUAGUUGGUAGUCAAAUGAGGAGGAUUGGAUACUGGUCAAACUAUUCCGGGUUAUCUAUUUUACCGCCAGAGAUUCUUCGUAAAAGGCCACCAAACCGUUCAUUUGCCAGUCAGAAACUAUACAGUGUUGUAUGGCCUGGAGGAACUAAGAAGCAGCCUCGCGGAUGGGUUUUCCCACGUGAUGGGAGAAAAUUGCGAAUUGGGGUUCCCCAACGGGUCAGCUUCCUAAAUUUUGUUUAUCAAGACAAUCUAACUCAUGCUAUUCAUGGAUAUUGCAUUGAUGUUUUCGAGGCUGCUGUAAAGUUGCUCCCGUACUCAGUUCCUUAUGAAUUCAUAUUUUUUGGAGACGGGCAUCAAAAUCCCAGCUAUAACGAACUUAUAAAAAAGAUCACAAUGGGUGAAUUUGAUGCUGCUGUUGGAGACAUUGCAAUUAUAACCAACCGCACAAUGAUUGUAGACUUCACUCAGCCAUAUGCAGAUUUAGGGUUGGUCGUUAUAGCCCCUGUUAAAAAGUUGGUCUCUAGCUCUUGGGCAUUCUUAGGGCCAUUCACACCACUCAUGUGGGCUGUUACAGGUGUAUUUUUUCUUGUAGUAGGUACAGUUAUUUGGAUCCUAGAACACAGAAUAAAUGAUCAAUUCCGCGGGCCUCCCAGGCAACAGCUUAAGACAAUGCUGUGGUUUAGUUUCUCAACCCUUUUUUUUGCUCACAGAGAAAACACUGUAAGCACGCUUGGUCGGAUCGUUCUCGCAAUAUGGUUGUUUGUGGUUUUGAUCAUCCAGUCAAGCUAUACAGCUAAUUUGACUUCUUUCCUGACUGUCCAACAACUUUCAUUUUCUAUCAAAGGAAUUGACUCGUUGAUUACUAGCAAUGCACAGAUAGGAUUUCAAGUAGGCUCUUAUGCAGAAAACUAUCUGAAUGAGGAACUUAACAUCCACAGAUCAAGGCUUGAGGCUCUAAAUUCCCCUGAAGAUUAUGCUGAGGCUCUCAAAUCAGGAAGAGUUGCUGCUGUGGUUGAUGAACAACCAUAUGCCAAUCUUUUUCUUUCCAACUACUGCCAAUUUGCAAUUUCAGGCCCACAGUUCACUAAGAGUGGUUGGGGAUUUGUAUUCAAGAGAGAUUCUCCAUUAGCUCUCGACAUGUCAACAGCCCUUCUGGAGCUAUCAGAAAACGGGAGCCUGCAAAAUAUGACGAGGUUUUGGCUACAAAAAGAACAAGGUUGUCAGCAUUCUGUAAAUGAUUCUGAACAGCUUAAGCUGGACAACUUCGUCGGGCUAUUCCUUGUAUAUGGUGUUGCUUGUAUACUCGCUCUUAUCAUAUACUUCUGCUUGAUGUUGUACAAAUUCCACCAAUAUUUGCCUCAACAGUCGGAACCUUUAAGUCAAGGCAGCCCUCAUUCUGCACGUCUGAAGACAUUCUUGUCAUUUGCUGCUAAGAAGGAAGAUUUGUCGCAAAGAAGGCUGAAGAGGAAACGUAUGUCUGCAUCAAUCCCAGCUUAUCAUACUGAAAUGACGGAGAUUGAAUAGGGAAAGUCUAUCUAAUGAUCUAAAAGCCAAGAUUUUGAAACUUAUCUAGGGAAUAAUCGUAAUGGCACUGUUUGGAAUACGUAAGAAAUUUAAUUUUUCACCAAAUCAUAGUUUAACCACUGAAUAUCGCGGGCGAUAUCCCACAUUGUUACUUUUGUUUUUUAA